CGAAGCCCCCUCAGCUCCAGCUUCCCUCCCUUCCUCCUCCUCCUCUUCCUCCACAAUCUAGACCAGUUUCCCCAACACGAGCCUACUUUCACCCACCCAAACUCAUGGUUUCCCCGGAAGAUAAACAGCCGAAAGUCCAGAUUUAGACUCGCUGCAUCGGUGAAGUUUUUUGUUUUUUUUCUCUUUUCUUUCUUGUCUGGCCCCGCAGCGGGGGCAGAACCAAACCACCAGGCCGAGGGGGAGAAGAAAAAAGGCGAACGUAUGAUGUGGAUCUGGUACCUUCUGCUUGGUUCGGGGCCAGGCUCGAGAACUGCUGAGAGCCAGCUGCUCCSUGGGAAUAACUUCACCACCGAGUGCAACAUUCCUGGAAACUUCAUGUGUGGAGAUGGCAAGUGCAUCCCAGGCGGCUGGCAGUGUAACGGACAACCUGACUGCUACGACAAGAGCGACGAGAAAGACUGUCCUAAAGUCAAGUCAAAGUGUGCGCCCACAUUCUUUGCCUGCGCUAAUGGUGUCCACUGCAUCAUUGGACGAUUCCGCUGUAACGGCUUCACCGACUGUCCUGACGGGAGCGACGAGGAGAACUGCACAGGCAAUCCCCUGGUGUGCUCCGAGGCUCGCUUCAAGUGUCGAAACGGGCGAUGUGUAGACCGCAGCUUCCUGUGCAACAGCCAGGACAACUGUCAGGACAACAGUGACGAGGAGCUCUGCCUCACUACUGCAGAAGCUCCUGGCCAGGACUUUCAGGACUUUGUGACGCUGGACUAUCACCUGCGCUAUUACCCCAGCAUCACCUACGCCGUCAUUGGCAGCGCAGUCAUAUUCGUCCUGGUGGUGGCCCUGCUGGCUCUGGUUCUGCAUCACCAGAGGAAGCGCAGCGUUCUGUUGCCGAGAAGUGUUCGAGGGAGCUCACACCACCAGCAGCCUCUCCUGCUGUCCCGUUUGGUCAUCCUGGACCGGAGCAACAUGCAUCCCGGAGGUUCGGGUCUCUCCCCUGGUUCGGCCCGUGCAGCAGGCCCCUUCAGCUCCGUUCCUCAGGCUCUACAGCUGCUGUCUGGAACCAUGUACCCCUCCACGCUCUCACUGGACUCGCCUCCGUCAUACUCAGAAGCUGUUCAGGAUGUCAGUCGGCCUCCUUGGUUUGAUCUCCCUCCUCCACCUUACCUCCAAGAUGGGGAUCUUCCCGUCGAUGAAAACCUUCCCCAAUACGACGAUCCUGUGGACCAACAGAGCCGGCCCACAGCCCACCACUCUGGUCCUACAACAGCCAGAACUGUCAUUUUAGACACUCAGCAGAGCUGCAGCCCCAGAGAAGAAUCAGACCAGCUGUAACAACCGUCGUGUCGACCACCGACUCUGUCAAACUGAAAAACUGCAGGACUGAAGAAUCCGGCUGCAGAGCCAUGUGGGACUACAGGACAGACCACAACAAAGACCUGUUUGAGGAGUUUUACAGGGAGAGAAAGACAAACAGCGUCCCAAAGGGGCUUUUAGCGAAGCUUCGGUCUCAGACCAGCUCCUACUGAUAGACUGACUUUAUGUGUUGGUUCCCCCUGCUGGCCUCCUGUCUUCAUUACCCUUUAGUUUGCCGCACUUUCAUUGAUUUAUUCUUCACGUGAAUUCCCGUAAAAAAAAAAUUGUCUGCAUAAUCCCAGUGAUUAAGCUACACUUCCCCAAAGAGGGAAAGGCCAAUCAGCCACUAACAUAUUCAGUAGUUUGUUGAUGUUCUUGGUGAACAAUCAACUUGUGAAGCCUUUAGAGAGCUUAAAUGAAGUUGUGUUCUUCAUGUCUACAAGCUUCUCAAAAACUUAUGAGAUUAAUUUGUUGAUAUUGUAAAAUACAUUUAAAAUGAAAUCAGUUCACUUGAAUCACAGCUUAAUUAAUUUCACGAAAUAAGUUGAAACACGUGAACAGAUGUUCGUUAGGUUUACUGAUGUGAAAAUGAAUCAUGAUUCAAAAAUCUGAAGCAAAUCAUUUUUAUUCACCAGCUUCUUUAAUAAGGUUUUAAACCAGACGUUUCUACAGAAUUAGAGGAGGUUGUUUGAUUAUUCAUUUCUUUUACAGUAUUUCCUCUUUAUUCYUGACGUUUUUCUAUUCCAGAUAAACAUUUAUGAAGGACCAUGAAUAUUUUAUAAAAUAAUGCUGAUUUUUUUUUAUUUUAUUUUGUAAAUCAUUCCUCUAAGCAGAAAAAUAAGUGGGAAAAGCCACAUUAAUUGGCGAAGUUCAAAUAUAUUUUAAAACUACAGAAAGACCAAUAACUAAUUUUAGUAAAAACUAAAAAUGAAGGAGUUUGUUGGGACCCAGUCAUGUUUGUGAUAUUUUCUCUGGGCACAACCAACCUUUAAAAAACACUAACAGUCAGAUAUGUGAUAAAACAUGAGGUUCAUAAACUAUCCUUAGGUAUGCAGUACAUUCUUUUUCUAAAUCUGAACUUGUGUAUUUAAAACAAAAUUUAUUAAAAUGAGACUGAUAUGUAUAUUUAAAGGUUUUGUUUUUUUAAGCGAGUUGUUCAAAAUUGUGCAUAAAAUCAGACCAGAAAAGGUAGUUUAAAGUAAAACAUGAAUGUUUUUUGUUAAAUACAUUUACACAGCCAUAAUAAUGCCAGUACAACAACAUUAUAAAACCAAAGAUGCCAACCCUUUUUGAAAAUAUUGCCCUCCAAAGGAACAUGUAUGUGAUUUUACAUUUCUUAUAUAAACAUGUAAAAACAUUUAUUGAGUAAAACUUAAUUCCUGUCAUUUAUUAAAACUGGAAAAAGUUCUCAGGUCAAAAAUAUGCCACCGUUCGUAUCUUGGUUUUGAUUUGAUUUUAUUUUUUUCCUGAUUUGUCAUAACAGGUGUAACUCUGUUCUUCACACAUUUGUGAAGUUGUUCAGAAUGUUUUCUAUUCUCUGUAUUGUGAACUUUUGAAGUAAUAUAAAUUUCUGUCUUGGAUCACUUA